AUGAUCAAAACAUACAGACGGCCAUCUUUAGUCUAUGACGAUGAUGACGAGCCCAAGGAUGCAAGAAAGUUCAGAACCCCGAGCCAAGUCGUGGGUGCAACUUUAGACAAUACAGAUUUGGUGGCCUUAACAACUUCGUUUGAUAGACAAAUUACAGAAGGACACCCCAUGUAUUUCGAUCAGAAUGAAGGCCUAGAUACAAGUCAGCGUGAUGAAUUCGACAGCGGCGCAGGGCCCCUACUCCAGACAAAGGGCUCGUCUCUCGAUUGCGACAGGGGAGUAAUUAUUGAGACGGUUGAAAAAUUGAGAACCGCCUAUCUUCAAGAAUCUGCUCAAAAUGCAGCACUCAAUCUCAAAUACGACAAAGAUGCUUGGUUUCUAUAUCCCAAGCCUUUGCCAAAGUUUUGGAAAUUUGAGAAAGACAAACGGUUGCAAGACAGGCCAGCCGGAACCACCCUGAAAGGAUAUUUUGGCACAAGAGCCUCUGAUGACGACGCCCGAGUUGCGGAAAAGGUCAAACUUCACUAUACGGGUCAAUUCUUUGAGCUUUCUCACUAUACGCAGGAAUUUAAAAAGUUCGUCAACCUUGAAGGAGCGUCAUCUUCGUCAGUAUUGCAUCCUUACGAUGAUAUUAAGGCUAGCAUAUUACCGAUCUCCUCAUUCGGGGAGCAUUUUGAAAAGCUUGCAGGCUACAUUGAAUCUGAGGAAUUCAACUUUCUGGCAGUCAAAAGAACAGAAUACUUGCUGCAUCGUUUCCAUCUCUUCCAGCAGCUUCAAGGAUGUGCCGAAGUGCGCGAAACGAGGCUGGUGCCUCAUCGUGAUUUUUACAACAUUCGAAAGGUUGAUCAAAAUUACAUACUCAGCGGUUGUUUCUCACAGCGACAGCUGAACGAAUUUAUCUGGGAGAAGUUGAAUUUGGAACCCGACAGAAUAAUCUAUAAGGAUUUGCACGGGAAUGAGUUCAAGUUACGACAGAUUUUUUGUGAUGGCGCAGAUGCCAAAUGUAACGAAGAUGCGUCAAUAGGGCUCAAGGCUGUCGACGAUAUUUUUUUGGACUGGUAUCAAACAAUUUACCUUUCGGGAAUGCAUCUCACAGGAUCUCAUUCGCUACAAGGCCAAAAUUUGAAGUUUUACUUGAUAGCUCAAACGUUCAUGGAGUUUGAUAAUUACAUUGCAGGCGAAUAUUUCGCUGAAUUGGUUAUCAAGUACGUAAUCCAAUCAUUCGAAAAGAGUAAAUAUCAAUUGGCGCAACUUUCUGUUGACUUCCAAUUUACUGGCGAUUGGUGGACGAAAUUCUGCACUUGGGUGACAAAAUGGAAACUUGUUUCUUACAACAUUCGUUGGAACAUUCGCUUUAGCAGAAACUACACUAAGCUUCACGAUAUAGGGCUUGUACGAAGUUUCCAGGACUAUCUUGAUUACAUUUUCCAACCACUUUUUUCUUUCGAAGCACAACAGGACAUGAAGUUGCAGUACGUUCUCUCAACCAUUUGUUGCUUCGAUGUUGUUGCGGAUGAAUCAGACGAUUACCUUUGGAAAUCUUUCAAAGAUCCUCAAUCAACGAUCCCAGUUGAAUGGUGCGCAACUGGAGACAAUCCGCCUUUGGCAUACUACACGUUUUACAUCUACCAAUAUCUGAGAAGUCUUAACCAGGAGCGGAAGCGAAGGAAGCAGAAUACAAUCACCUUGCGAAACUAUUGUCCAGCAUCCAGAAGCAGGGUGUCACAGUUCCGCCAGGGUGUUAGCAUCACGGAGCAACUUGAAUCACUGAUCUGCAACAUUCUAUUGUGUGGAGGAGGACUACUGCAGGCGGAACAGCUUUGGGACGCAUCGCCCGCAAUUCUUUACUUAUACUAUCUUUUUCAGAUUCCAGUUGUUGUGUCGCCUUUGUCUUCUGUAUCGUUAACCCGAGAACUCGGUCAGUCAUCGCGGAUUGAAAGGUCUCCUACGGUAAAUAGAGAUGUUACAGCACACUCGGCAAAAAGCUACACGGGAAAUCCCUUCAUGGAUAUGCAUAAGAUGGGUUUGAAGGUGAUCCUGUCUAGCAGCUCUGUGCUAUUCAACUGCUCGUACACCAUGGAACCUAUUAUCGAAGAAUACAGUGUGGCAGCGAGUAUCCACCUUCUCAGUAGUGCCGACAUGUGUGAGUUGGUACGUGAUAGUGUACUAACAAGCGGAUAUGAAGGAUUCUACAAAGCUCACUGGAACGGUAUAGGCCUUACCAAAACUAGCUUUUUCAAUGAGAAGAUCGGUUGCACCGAUUUAUGGUAUGAUCUCGAGCUUGACACCUGUUAUAAGCACAACGUCCCUACUACCCGGAGACUUUAUCGCAGAGAUUGCCUUAUUCGUGAGUGGCAUUUUGUUCGUGCUUGA